AUGGCACCACGGGUUCAAACCCGCGUGUCCAACGCCCUCCUCCCCUACCUCACAUCCUCCUCAUCUAUCUCUUCCCUCCCUUCCUCAUCACAAUGUCUCUCACGGCAAUUCUCUGUUACGGCAGCACCACAGACCAAGCUUCGUCGGACAAUGUUUGAAUGGUUCGAGACCGAGGGUGCCGCUCUCAAGCACCACACUCCCGGGGAAACCAACUACCUCACUCGCGUAAAGCCCGGUGGUAACCCUGAUGCGGCUGCAACGCGUCCUUUCCCUCACAAUCCCAACUUUAUCAGCGAGUCGGUUUUGAGCGAAGACCUCCGGAAUGAAGUCUACCACCGCGUCGUCGAGCAGAAGAAGAGUCUCCGUGCUGUCAGUGUGCAGCUUGGAAUUGAUAUGAAGCGUAUUGCCGCCGUGGUCCGACUGGUUGAAUUAGAGAAGAGACAACGUCAACAGGGCAAGCAACUAGCACUACCAUAUGCUCGGGCCAUCCAUGAGAUGGUUCCCACCACCGCUCUCGCAGAACCAGGCGAGCGCCAAGAAUAUCAUGAACCCAUCAACGACCUUCCCGCCCACCCCCUGACCGGAGCCCAAAUCUUCUACCCAGUCUCCGAAUCUCGCCCCUUCAACCGAAUUGAAGCGGGUCGUGUCUUCUCCUCUGCCCCAGCCCUGGAACAUCACGAGGCCCAAGAGAUUUCACACCCCUCCGAUCUUGCCGAAAAGGUCAUCGAAGACCCCUCAGUCAUCGGCUGGAUCGGCAAGGGCAAGGACACCCGCCAGAUCCUCCAGCCCGCUGACGUUCGCAUUCCCCACCCUCAAAUGGUCGCACUGGACCGCGACCGCAUCGCCCACCCCACCGAGCGUCGCGCAGUCGCCGAACGCCAGGCCAAGCGUGUAGAGCGCCAGGAUGCCCUCGAGCAAGAGCGUCGCGACCGUGCCCAGGCUCGUCGUGAGAAGAGCCUCAAGUCUGUCUCCCCCGAGACUUCUCGCUUCGAGUACCGCAUCCAGGAGACCGUCUACACCAGCGAGACUACCGGAUCCGAUGGCCGUGCCCCUUGGGCUACUGGUCGUCGCUACGGUGUUCCCCACCGUGACCGCACACGCGGUGAGCUCAAGAUCCCCACUCGCGUGGACGCUUGA